GCUUUCACCGCUUCUGUGUGCUGAGCGGAUUCAUGAGAGGGCAGGUGAAAGUGAGCUCGUUGAGCAAAUUUUGCUGCCUUGCCCCCGUUCACUCGCCCUGCAAGAGGAUGUGAAACGGUGCUUCACCGACAGUUGGCCGUUUGUUAGCCCGCGCCGGCCUAGAUAUAAAAGCCUGCCUUCUCUCCUCUUCCUUCUUCCUUCUUCCUCUUUCCUCUACACCCAGCUCGAGCAAGUGUUCUGCAAGUUCCCUCACGACAUACCUUCUUCAAGCCCUCCUCUACACAUCCUCAACCCAGUACACUUCAAGCGACAUGGCGUCCAAUACUGGCCAAAAGUUCUCCGCUCGUGAGCAGGAGAUCCUGGCGCUGGCAUGGCAGUGUUUCGAGACCGAACCCAAGAUCGACUACAAGAAGUUCGCCCAGCUCGCCGGCUACACCGAGGGCUCCGCCAAGACGAUCAUGGGUACUCUACGUCGUAAGCUCAAGGACCAUGCUGCCGGAGUGGCUCCGUCGACGCCGUCAACGCCCAAGAAGAAGGCCACGGCUGGUGCCACGACGCCUUCCAAAAAGCGAGGCCCUUCCAACGGGCUCGACGGGCCUGACGAUCUCGAUGGCGACGAGUCUCCGACCAAGAAGACGAAGACGCCCAAGGCAGCCAAGGGCAGGGGCAAGAAGGCUACUACCGACACCGACGACGAGGAGUUCGCCGAUGCUACCAUCAAGAAUGCCGAGGUCGCUGAUAUCAAGAAAGAAUUCGACGACUUUCUCAUGAAGUCUUAAUUCUAGGGUGCGCGAAGGUGGAUGCCCGAUGGAUGUAUUUCUGGAGUUGGCGGCAUUCUCCUUCUGGCCUGCUGAUGCUGCGUUCCAA